AUGGCUGCAAUGGGGAACGACUCCCUCAUUGCCAAGGAAAUGGCUCCACAACAAAGGAUCCUCUUUCCCCCGGAGAAGAUUUGCAUGGAUUGGCAGCAAAGACAGAGAGCUGGAGCAGGACUGCACAACCUGGGCAAUACGUGCUUCGUCAACUCCGUCCUGCAGUGCCUGACGUACACAGCCCCUCUGGCCAACUACCUGCUCUCUCGUGAGCACAGCCAGUCGUGUCGCCAGCAAGGCUUCUGCGUGAUGUGUAGAAUGGAAAACCACGUUAACAAGGUCCUGCAUUCCUCUGUCAGUGCCAUCUACCCUUCAGCUGUCAUCAGUGUUCUCACACUAAUAGGAGAACAUUUCCGGCUUGGCAUGCAGGAGGAUGCCCACGAGUUCUUACGUUACACUGUUGAUGCCAUGCAGAGAGCUUGUCUGAGCGGAAUCAGCAACUUGGACAUCUCUUCUCAAGCAACUACCAUCAUCCAUCAAAUAUUUGGGGGCUUUCUGAGAUCCAGAGUCACGUGCUUGAGCUGCAAAGCAGUUUCCGAUUCCUACGAGGCUUUCCUGGAUGUCCCUUUGGAUAUAAAAGCAGCCUCUUCUGUCACUGCAGCUCUGGAGGACUUUGUGAAACCGGAGCAGCUGGAUGGUGAAAACUGCUUUCAAUGUAGCAAGUGUAACAAGAUGGUCGCCGCCUCCAAGAGGUUUACAAUCCAUCGCGCGCCCAAGGUCCUCACGGUGUGCCUGAAAAGGUUCGAAGAUUUCACCGGCGGGAAGAUCAACAAGGUCGUGAAGUAUUCCAACUGCUUGGAUCUUCGCCCGUACAUGUCUCAGACAGAUGGAGAAUCGCUCUUCUACUCUUUAUACGCUGUCCUGGUGCAUAGCGGUAACGGGUGUCAUUCAGGACACUAUUUCUGCUACACAAAGGCCAGCAAUGGACUGUGGUACGAGAUGAACGAUUCAUCUGUGGAUCCUUGUGACAUCAGCACGGUCCUCCAGCAGCAAGCCUAUUUGCUGUUUUACGUCAGAAACCGCUCCAAGAAAAUGGCUGGACCCCAGGGAAAGCUGCAAGAACAGCCCUAA